CACCCUGAUGCUCCUCACUUGCCUGAAUGAGGUUCUGAGGGUCUUUGUCCUUGGCCUCAGGGAAAGAUCCCAACCUUGGUUGGAAUACAGCUGCUUCGGGGUCCAAUAGAGGUGAUACCUUCUUGCAGUGUGAGGCAUGAGUCCACGUUUGGUGACCUUGGCAACGAACAGCAGAAUUAGUGGUCAGAAGUACCUGGAAAGGUCCUUUCCAUCUGGGUUGAAGUGCGUUUUUCCGUUGAUAGACCUUUACGUAGAUCCAAUCUCCUGGUUUGAGGUUGUGACAGGGAACAUCCGGUGGUUGAGGUAAGGCUUCUUGGACCUGUGAAUGAACAGACCUGGCAUACUUCAUUAAUGACUUGCAAUAAUUUAGUACAGUUUCAUCAGUUAAUUGUAGGUCUGUUUGGUGUGGGGCAACAGGUGGUGUAGCUGGCAUCCUCAUGGGUCAUGCCAUGAGUAUUUCAUAAUGGGUUAGGCCAUAUUUUCUGUUAACAGUGUUCCUAAUGUGCAUAAGAACAAUGGGCAGCGCAUCAGGCCAUUUGAGGUCUGUUUCAGCACAAAUUUUCAAAAUGCGCGUUUUUAAAUCAGAGUUUUUACGUUGUACAGCACCACUUGAUUGUGGAUGAUAACUACAGUAUAGGUGUUGCUGUAUGUUGAGUGCUUGGCAGAUGUUUUUUACUAUCUGUCCUGUGAAAUGGGUGCUGCGGUCGCUAUCUAUUGUGAGGGGCAAUCCAAAUCUAGGGAUGAAUUCUUUGAGCAAUUUCUUUGCUACAGUGAUGGAAUCAGCAUGUACGCAUGGGUAGGCUUCCACCCAUCCAGAGAACACAUCAAUAAUAGCAAGAAUGUACUCAUAAGAACAGCACUUAGGUAGCUGCACAAAAUCAAUUUGCAGAUUUACAAACAGUCCCCAUGGAGGGGGAUGGGCUGCAGGUGUCGUUUUUACCUGUUGCCCAAUAUUGUGAGCUAAACAGAUGGGACAGGAGCUACAGUACUGUUGUGCCUUGGAAGGAAAAUUUGGGGCAAACCAAUUUCUUUGUACUGUAGCAAUCAUCCCCCCUUUGCUCGUAUGGGCCACAGAGUGGGUUAAAUGAGCAAGAUGUGGCAAAAGCCCUCUAGGCGCCACCAGGCAGCCAUCUGGGGAGUGCCAGAGAGAGUCGGGGUGCAGUGAACAUCCUGCACGCAGCCAGUCAUUUAUUUCCUUUUUGGGGGCCUGAUUUUGAAGAAGGGCCAGACUUGAAAGGCUAGCCAAAGGAGACUGGUCUGCUGAAAAACAAACAAAAACAGAGUUAGGAGCCUGUGGGCCAGAAAGGGCCAUGACGGUCUGCCAGAUCAUUUCCUCGUGUGACAUCAUCAAAGGGUUUCUCAUGAGCUUUGCAUUUAACAAUAGCAAUAGCAAAAGGCAAUUGAACAGCUUCUAAGAGCACUUUUACAUAACAACCAUGACUGAUUUGGGUCCCUGAUGAAGUGAGGAACCCCCUUUGUUUCUAGAUUUGUCCAAAAUCAUGAACAACACCCAAAGCAUACUUAGAGUCAGUAUAAAUGGUUGUGGUUUGAUUUUUUGCAAGAAUGCAAGCACGUGUUAAAGCAAUGAGUUCAGCAACUUGAGCAGAACGAGCUUGGGGUAAAGAAUAGGCUUCCAAAACAGCAUACUGAGUGCAUACUGCAUAUCCCGCAACUAAUUUGCCUGCAUCAUUUCUAAGACAGGAACCAUCAACAAACAAAACAAGGUCAGAGUUCGGGAUAGGAAUGUCCUUGAGGUCAGUUCGAGGGGUUAACAAUUGAGUUGUGAUAGACAGGCAAUCAUGAGGCUCACCAUCAGAGGCAAUAGGCAGAAGUGACACAGGAUUCAGAAUUGAACAGCAAUUUAAGGUUACAUUUGCAGCUGACAGUAGAAGUUUCUCAUAUUUAGUAAGACGGGAAUUGGAAAUGUGCUGAGUUUUGCCCUUGAGGAGAAGGGCCAUCACAGCAUGUGGAACUGCAACGGUUAAAGAGUGUCCCAAAACUAGAGAAUCUGCCUUUUCAACCAACAAGGCAGCAGCUGCAACUGAACGGAGGCAAGGAGGAAGUCCCGCAGCUACGGGAUCAAGGGCAGAGCUGUAAUACGCAAUUGGGCGAUGCUUUUCACCAUGCAGCUGAGUGAGUACUCCUAAAGUGAUUCCUUCCCAUUCAUGACAAAACAAGGUAAAGGGUUUCUUAUAAUUAGGAAGUCCAAGGGUGGGAGCCAGCAGCGGGAAGGAGUGGAGGCAGCACACGUGUGUCCCGCACGCACGUGUGCCCUUUUUACCAACCAACUGACCGGAGGCGGCGGUGGCAGCAGCAACAGAGGAAUCGGCAGCGGGGUCAGCAGCAGCUGAUCCCCCCGAAGGUAAGUGGGGCAGAGGGACCCGGCACAGCUGAGCCGGAUCCGGAGGGGAAGCCCCCCGGGUCCCAUAUAGCUGAGCCGGUAGGGAGCCGUGCUCCCGAGCCACGUGGCGCGUACAGAGCGUGCAAACAGGGAGGGUUAGGAAGGGGACUGUCCCCCCAGGCCAGGGGGCACCCCCGGGGCUAACCCUUGGGGGAGCAGGCUCCUGUGGCAGCGGAUCCCCCCAGCGGGGGAGCGUAGGGGCAGAACUGCCAGCAGGCACUUCCGGGUAGACCGGGGCGCCUGAUUGGCCGUUGGAGCGGGGAGGGUAAUUCAAACCAUGGGCUUUAAAGCCGCGGAGUGACGUAGAUCCCAGCACUCGGGAACCAGCAGCAGGAAGGAGAGGAGGCAGCACACGUGUGUCCCGCACGCACGUGUGCCCUUUUUACCAACCAACUGACCGGAGGCAGCGGCGGCAGCAGCAACAGAGGAAUCGGCAGCGGGGGCAGCAGCAGCUGAUCCCCCGAAGGUAAGUGGGGCGGAGGGACCCGGCACAGCUGAGCUGGAUCUGGAGGGGAAGCCCCCUGGGUCCCAUAUAGCUGAGCCGGUAGGGAGCCACGCUCCUGAGCCGCGCGGUGCAAACAGAGCACGCAAACAGGCACACUCUGUAAGAGCACACUGGCGUUUGUGCAGGCGUUUGCGCCGGAGGGCGGGCCAGGAGGGCCAGGAGUGGGAGUCCUGUAGGGGUAGGGUGUAGACACCGCGCAGGUCUACAAACAGCAGCCCGUAGAAUGGUGUCUACGAGGAGUGCUGCUAGGGCCUCUGCCCAGGGGGACAAGGCUACCCGGGGCAGGUCUGAGGCCUCCACCCAGACCGAGCCCAUGGGGGAGCUGGUGUCCCCCUACCUCCUGGCUUGUGGGGUAUCCCCAGCAGGGCCGGGGGGGGCUGAGAUUGGGGGCCCCCACACCUGUCCGGCAGUUGCCCGUCUUAGGGCUCUGGAGGCGCAGGUGAGGGAGCUCCGGGAGGAGGUUAGCAGGCUGAGGGGGAUCAGGGAGGCGGAGGACGAAAUUGAUAGUUACUUCCUUUCCCUGCAGGCCCAGGCACCAAAGGAAAAAGCACCCCGGGGAAUACCCUCCACAGCAGAGUGGCAGACGGUUACAGCCAGGACCGGAGCAGCACGCAGCAAACCAGUACCAGCUUCUCCAGUCCGACUGGUGAACAGAUCAAGAGAUCCACGAUGAUCCAGAGGAGGAGGCGACGAGUGCUCGUCAUAGGAGACUCCAUCCUGAGAGGUACGGAAGGACCCAUCUGUCGCCAGGACCCCUCGGCACGAGAGUGACCGGACGAGGAAGACGGCAGGAGAACUGCAUCAGAGAGACCAACUGGCGGCUUCGGCAGUGGUGUCUCGAGGCAGGCUUCGGCUUCCUGGACAAUGACCCGCACAUCACGACGAGGGACAUGCUCAGCUGGGAUGGGCUUCACCUGUCCCCCAAAGGGUGCAUUACACAGAUCUGAUAUCUGAGCUGGGAGCUGAUGCUUAGCACAGCAUGCAACUGGGAGGAUGAUCUGAGAAUGGGGACAUUUGAUGCAUAACAGAAUCCUGCAGUCCUAAAACCAGAAAGAAAAAUAAAUUGAUGUUAAGAUGACUUCAAAGAAAGAAGAGUCCCUUUGACACAAUUCUGUUUUAAGACAGUGACAGCAUCAUAGAAAGCAUUACCAUAGAAAUAGUUUUGAGGAGGAGACCAGGCUUCUAGCCCAAAGACUCUUUGAGACACCUGACCCUGUUUGGGAAGACUCAAUGAACUGGCAAAUGGAGGAGGCCCGGGCCCCCGAAGCAGACGUUGAGAAUUUGGAAGAUGGUAUCUUUGUGCCGGAGCCUGCAUGCGAAGUAGAGGUCAUCGCAGAAGAGAGACCGUUAAAUGAAGCCUUUUUAAUGACUCCAAAAAACCUACUCACCAGUACACCAGAAGGAAGCGUAUGCUUCUGCAGAGAACAAAGACCAGAUGAGGCUGAAGAGUUCAGAAGACAAUUAGGCAUUGAAUCAACAGAUCCUGUUACAAGUCCUGAACAGCGUUUAUCAAGUGGGGAAGCCCCGUGCAAUUUUACCACAGCAAGAACCUCUUCUAAAAUAGAAAAGCAGAACAAACACAUACAGUCAUGUUUUUAUCCAGUAGUAAAAGGGUGAUUGCACGAGGAGCCAUGACACCAGUAACUAGGUGUCCCAGAGCCUACUUAUCACCUGGAUACUCAUACAGAGAUGGCACAAUUCUGAAAUGGACAAAGUGUGCUAGAGAUUAAGUAUUGUUGUCUCUAUUUUGCUGAUGAACUGUAGGUAUAAAGAGGGGAAGUAUCCUUUGCUUCAUCCACUCCUACAUGCACCCAUAAAAUCCUUGCUGUGCACUUGUAUUGGGGCAUUCCUGGGUUCCCUAUGAGAAGGCUCAUUGUGAGGUGAGCACAGCAAUCCUCUGUGCCAGUGCAGAAAGAAAAUGGAACAUUUUGCCUGUAGUUUGAGCACUGGAAAAGUUUAAAAGUGAACACUCGUUAUCUCAAACUGGUCCUUAACCUAGCUCUGAUUUGUCAGUUCAUGUCCUGCAGAAGCAGAAAGAGGAGAUGUUGGAAUGGAUAUUUCAUGUGUAAGGAAUGGAAUGAAUGAAAGCCGACUGAUGGGAGUAAUGGACUAAAUGGCAUCACUAAUGGAUUUAGGAGGAUGAGAACAGCUGGAAUGGAUUAGUGAAGAGGGUCAGAGUCAGUAAGGGAUUUGAAGGUGUGAACAAGAAUUCAAUAUGCAUUCCAUUUGGAGUGGAUGAGGACAGUGUGGAUAUUAGCAUGUAGCACCCCCUCCCCCCCCGGGUUUUUCUUUUUUUUAAACUUAAAAAUGCAUUCCCUCUCCUUCCCCAACCAUUUCUGACUUUUUCUCUGCCCUCUCUAGCCCUUAUAAAUGAUUACAAAUAAUACUAGGUAAGCUAAAUUCUUAUACUCCCUCACAGUAACAAGCCCCUUUUAUAUUGUAAAUAGUGUUUUAUUAUGUUUGUACUGAUUUUUACUGUUUUAUAUUGUAUUAUAUUAUGAUUUAGGCCUAUGUCUGUAAUGUCAAAUAAUAUAAAGUUUCCACUUUGUAUGUCAAGUCUUGAUCUAGUGUCCUCUGCCCAGGUAUAACCUAUGUUGCAACUGUGACUCAAGUCUAACCAGUCUCCUGUAAAUUGGUUCCUGAAUGAAUAGAAAUGAAUGAGGGUGCUUGAGGUACAAUGGUAACAGGCCUCUACUGAAUGAUCAACUAAAUGUCCGGACCAUUGCCUUGCAUUGACUCACCCAGGAACCACAGACCUCACCCAGGAACAGAACAGAAACCUAGGAUUUGAAAGACAAAGGCUGCUGCAGAAACCAGACAACCCACCAUUGCAACAUAGACACCUGGAACUACACAUCCUUGCCUGGAGUGCACAUGCUCAGUGCACCAGGGUUGACCCUUGCCUGGGCAUGCCCCUGCCACUAGGAUCAUAGAAGGUCUGCCUCUAUAAAGAGGGGUAGUGAAGACAGACCCAGUGGGACGCCCUCUCCAUCUGGACCAGCACUAUGCCAUGCCACCUACCCACCCAGAGACUCUGCCGGCGACCCCCUCUGGACAACACCUUGCUGGAGAAGACCCCGACUGACCAUCGAGAAUCAACUCACAGCUCAGGAUAGAGUCAACUUUUCUGUAGUCAGCAUGUCCUGCGAGUGAUAUCCUUAGGCAUUGACUCAGCUGUGCCCCAGAGAAACAGCACCACUCUGGAAUGUACACCUUGUUCCUAUGUGAUUUUUCAAGGAGAUCUAGACUGGACUUUACUAGGUAGGAACUUCCAACUUCCUAUAUCCCACUGUGAUUCUCUACCAGAGUGUCAUGGCACCCCAGGAUGUGUCCAGAUCCUUUGAAAUUAUGCUGCAAGGUAUGAGGAGAAAAACAGAUCAGCUUAGGCUUGUCCUCACUGGCUGAUUCCUGAUUCCCGGCUGCCCAGAACCUCUGGAAGAAGGUAUUAUAACACCAGGACUCCAAAAGGCACUGUACCAAACCAGAAAUUAACUGGACCAAACUCACUGAGUUGGAUAAAACAACCCUGUUUCUGGAGUUGGAAAUUCACCAAACGCUACACAAUUUUGACAAGAAGUUUCAGGUUGGGGCCUUGGGGAUAGACAUUUGAACAAUGCUAUCUUUCCUUGCCAUUUUCCAUACUUUUGUCCUCGUGUCAUCCAUGGUAACCACCCAUCCAAAUCCUGAUCAGGUUGUCCGAAAAUGGGAUUCAAAUGCAUGUACACUGGUUGUAUGUGCACCUGCUCAGAAUGGAUUACCAGGAAGAGAUGGAAAAGAUGGUCCUAAAGGAGAAAAGGGAGAUAGAGGACUAAGGGGUCUUCCAGGAAAGGCUGGGUCCCCUGGACCAAAAGGUGAUCAAGGCCCAAUGGGUGAACGGGGACCAAAAGCAGAGUGUUGCAUCACUGAAGUCAAGCAUCUCCAAAAUCAAAUAAGAAAUCUACAGGGACAGCUGAAAUCAUUGCAAGACAUUAUCAAUAAAAAGCAUAAAGUUGAAGAUUUCAUAAAUGGGAGUCAAACCAAUGAAAAAUUAUUUGCUGCCAAUGGUUCUGCUGGUGACUAUAAGACUUCAAAAGCCACAUGCUCUCAAGCUGGUGGUCAUCUUGCCUCUCCAAGGACUUCAUCUGAGAAUGGUGCCAUACAACGGAUAAUACAGCGUUAUAACAAAGCAGCAUACCUUGAUAUAAAUGACAUGCAAACAGAAGGCAUAUUUAAGUAUCAAAGUGUGGAAGUAAUAGGAUAUGCAAACUGGGCUCCUGGAGAACCAAAUGAUACUGGAGGAGAAGAAGAUUGUGUAGAAAUGUAUACAGAUGGUAGAUGGAAUGACCGAUCAUGUGGAGAAGAACGGUUAAUAAUUUGUGAAUUCUAGUUUUAAUCUCUCUGCGUGCCUAUACACAUGCUCUGGGGUCAUGAUGGUGGGGGCGGUAUUUUAAUUAGAGUGGCUAUUGGGAGCUGCUGUAAUUGAAUCACCCAUAGCAUCUCAUGUAUUCAGUGUCCUGCAUUCCAAAAUGGUGGAGGGGGCACUUUAACUAAAACUCAUUUGACAAGCUUUAGUUAAAGUGACCUUACUGCCAUUUUGAAAUGCUGGAUGCUGAAUACAUGAGAUGCUGCAGCAUGCUGGAAACAUUCUGAUUAGAACACUCCAGCAGACUUGAUUAAUUGAGUGAGGCUUGAUUAAUGGAGUCUGCUCCAAUGUGUUCUAAUCACAGCACAUUGGAGCAUCUGUAAAAGUGCCAUCUGUCCUUAUUCUUUUUUCUCAGAACUGGUCGCAAAUAACCAUUCAGUUUUGUUAUAACAUUGCUGCCCAAUAAUCUUUCAUUCUGAAUGCUGUGAUGUAAUCAAGGAUAUAUGCUGUAUCUCUGCAAAAUUCCUACUGUAGCUGAGGAACUGUUUUUCAAUAAAGUAAUCAUGCAGUUUUGAUUCAGA